AUGGCGACUCCUAGUAUAUGCAGAAGCUGCGCUCGGACGUUACGAUCAUCAAGAACCCUCGCGGGCUCUGGGACGGCGAAGACAUGGCUUCAGCCUCCGAGACAACGCAGCUUUCACACACCAGCGCCACUAUUCCUAGACUUUCUCGCUCCAUCAUGCCGAUCUAUCGCAAGAAUAUCUGGGACGCUUGAGAAUCCUGUAUCAAAGCGAAUACCGCAGAGGCGGACUCUAAGCAGCACUGCCAAAAGACGUGCCGUCGCCAUCACGAAUCCCCGACAAGAUGACUCCGGUAAUGACAUGACGAUUACCAUAACGCCACGAGCUGCGCAUCGAUUACAGACCAUAGCUGAGACGGAUCAGAACCCCGACUUGGCGUUACGAGUGAGCGUCGAAAGCGGCGGAUGUCACGGCUUCCAAUACUUCAUGUCUCUCACUUCGACGAAGGAUAUAGAUCCAGAAGAGGAUACGAUAUUCGAGAAUGAGGAAAGAGUGAAUCAGAAGGGCAGUGCGGAAGGUGGAGAUGGGUACAAGGCAAAAGUCAUCAUGGAUGAACCGAGCUUGGAACUUCUGAAGGGAAGCUCGGUGGACUAUACGAUGGAGCUGAUUGGAAGUCAGUUCAAGGUCACUGGCAUACCUGGAGCGAAGAGCAGUUGUGGCUGUGGGACGAGUUUUGAUAUUGCGACGUAG